CUUCGAGACAUUUAAAUUUUUUCUCUGUUUUCGUGCAAAUAUGCAUCGCAGUUUUUCAGUAGAAGAAAAUAAUAACCACAAGAGAAUUAUUUCCAAUAAUGAUCAUGAUGAGGAAAAACCCACCAUUGUACCACAAACAUUACUUAACGACUCUAAUAUUUCAGAUGUUGAAAAGUGUGAUAAAACAGACAAUGUCAGUCGUAUAGUGGAUGCUUUAAGAUGUGCACUUGUUAGUUUCGAAAGGCAUAUACAGGCAGAAAACAGUUGCACGGAUGAUAUUAGGAAUCUAUGCAAUGAAGCUAAAUCGUUGCAAGCAAAAUUAAGAGACAAAAAAUGUUUGAUAAUAAGUCAUUUUCAGAAUGUUGUUUCAAAUCUUGCUGAGGAAAAUUGAAAUGAUACUUGAACUAACUACGAGUCAAACUCAUCUUUUUUUUCAAAAAAUAAAUACAAGUUAUGCAUAUUUCUGAACCAGGAAUUUGUGGCCAGAAAAAUUGCUUGUCGAAAGACUGUUAAACUAUAGUAUAGCAGGAAUCUACAUUAUCAAUCGUACGCAUCGAUAUGGAAACAAAAACUUUGUGAUUACUAAAAUCAAA